AAAGGGAGACACACGGGAUCAGGGGGGACAAAGCCUCAGACUGCACUCACAUCGAGUCAAAGUCCCGGACUGCUGCUGCGCCAGAGAUCCGACAAGUGGAAUGACCAAUCACACAUCACACUCCAACGGCAUGCAGAGCCUCCGGAAGGAGCACCUGUACAAGGUGCUGGUUAUCGGAGACCUGGGGGUCGGGAAGACUUCCAUCAUCAGGCGCUACGUCCACCAGACCUACUCCACCAACUACCGGGCCACUAUUGGUGUGGAUUUCGCCUUAAAGGUGUUGAACUGGGACAAUGAGACUGUCCGCCUCCAGCUGUGGGACAUUGCAGGUCAGGAGCGCUUUGGAAACAUGACACGAGUGUACUACCGUGAAGCCAUGGGAGCAUUCAUAGUGUUCGAUGUCACACGGCCCACAACCUUUGAGGCCGUCGUCAAGUGGAAAGAGGACCUGGACUCCAAACUGAUGCUGACUAGCGGACAGAGCAUUGCAACAGUGCUGCUGGCUAACAAGUGCGACCAGGGCAGAGAGCUGGCCAACAGCGGCAUCAAUAUGGACCAGUUCUGCAGGGACCAUGGCUUUGUCGGGUGGUUUGAGACCUCGGCUAAGGACAAUCUCAACAUUGGUGAAGCUGCAAACCUCCUGGUCAAACACAUCAUGGCCACAGAGAAUGACAUCCUGAAAAGCGUAGUACCAGACACCAUCUCACCUCAGCUUGACUCCAAGCCACAGAUGAACUGCUCUGGCUGCUUCAAAUAAUGAAAGGAGACGGAGCAGAAUGGAGACACAUGUGGACAACAAGGGACAGGUGCUCCACACAGCCUUCUCAUAGGAAACCUAAUUACCUACAGUAGGGUACAGUUUGGCUUCUUUGGUCCAAACUGGAACUGAGGAUUUCUUGUUUGUGGUUUGUUUGUGUUCUCGGUGGCUAAUUGCAAGAAAACCAGGGCUUGCAAACUAAAAUCACAUGGACUAAGAAGUUGCACAUUUAUUAACAGUGUUUUGGUAACUGUGGGUUUUGAAUCUAUGCUCUUGGCAUUUUUAUUUAAAGUAUCAAAUCUCGCAUUUUGGGACUGUUUUUUUCUGGACAACAUUGCAAUGUCUUCUAUCAACAGUUCACUUGGAAAAGGAACUGAAACUCAACCUGCCGGACCAAACUGAACAAAUGGAGUAAAUGCUCCUGACAAGCUUGAUAUAACACACCCAGGGCUGUGCAGUAAUUACAAUAUGACCAUUUCAACCAAGUGUGAUUGUGUUGCUGUUCUCCCUUCAGUUACCUUCACCUCCACCGAAACUUGGUGGAAAAAAAAACUGUUGGUGACACACAGGCAUCCAUUACAUUUAUUCUGCAAGAGCCAAAAAAGCAGUAUUGACUGUGUAAUUAUGUGAAUUUUGCACAUAUAUUGUUUUUUAUGAUUCUAAGUUAUUUACAGUAUGCUUUUUGAGCAUUUUGCAUGUUAAUGUUUUAUCUACUUCUGCUUAAAAUCCUUCCUACAAGUGACUACUGUGUGAGUUUUAUUUAAUCAGGCAAGUUAAGUCGCAACACGUUUGUAUUUAUAGCACCAACUUGGCUGCAAAGAAAGGGAGAGUUAAACACAGAAACAUCCUGGAGCUUGCAUAGUGUUACUAGCAUAGAAGAAUAAUUUGAAUUCUGUGGUUACUGGUCUUUUAUGGCUAGUGGGUAGUUCCACUGGAGCAGUUCAGGUUGAAUUGAUCAAAGGUUUGUCAGACAUGUUUGUUUUGGAGCAUGACCGAUAUUGGAUUUUUGAGUCAUUUAUGAUUUUAGAGGGGAAAGAUUCACAGAUAACUGAAUAUAGCAGCCGGUAGCGUGAUUUCAUUUUAAAAAACAUUUCUAAAUCACCUCAAGAAUAAUUUUCUGCAUAUGUUCUGUAAUUUUUUUAAAUAUUUUUUUUACAUAUAAGCUGAUACUGAUAGAUACUUAUAUGUCCUAGAUAGGCCAAUAGAGUGUUUUUCUGUCUUUAUUUUUUUUUUUAGGUUUUUUUUUGUUUGUUUUUUCAGUGCAUGUAUGUUAUUUUUCUCCAUCAGGAGGAAGAUUGUGUUUGUCUGGAUGUUAACUGGACAUUCUCAUGAGUUCACUUGGCAAAGCCUAACCCUCUGUAUCCAUGGUAACUAGAUCAUUUUUUAUGGGUAUCCUCUAACAUCCGUGUGAAGCUAUUUCUUGCUGCACUCACAACCAUACAGGCACGAAUGCACACAGAUUUUCUCUCUCUCUCUCUCUCUCUGUCGUUUUUUUUUCAUCUCGUCUUUUCUCCUCUCCCACUCCAUCUCCAUCUCCAUCCUCCGUAAUUGUUUCUUAUCAUGGAAAAAUGUUCUGUUCUUUGUAAUUGCGGCUGCAUCUAGUGUCUUUUUUAUGUGUCCCUUGCCCCUCUUUUUUUAUACUUUCUUCCAUGCGGCACGUUAUAUAAACCUGCACAGCCACGACUACACAACCACAGAACGGUACUUUUAUUGAUCUUCUCACAAGUUGGCUCCAGAAAGUUUUUUUUCUUCUUUUUUAGUGAACUUGCAUCUCGAGACUACUUGGUAGUAUUUGUCUUCUGUUAAAGGCAAUGUAGUUGAACCCACUGUCUUCAAAGUUGAGCCUAUUUUUUCUUAUUGUAAUUUAAGACAGAGAAGAUGUGUUACCUUAUAUAAGCUCAAGUUUAUGUCUUGGUAUACAUUAUGCCAAAUUUGGAUUAAAAAAACUAUUGCAUUAUGUGGUUUUCUGUCAUGUAAGUGUAAUGACCUAUGUUACCUUGUUUCCCCUGUCUGCACAGUCUUGAUCACAACAGUGUCAUGUGUUAUUGUGUCAGCUCUUGGCCAUCAUUUACAGCAUGCACAUUAGGGCUGAAAUCCUGACACAAUGCUCCACAGAUUACAAUUUCACAGUGUUAGUUUGGCUCAUCAUGAGGGUGUGUGACAUCAUGUGACAUCAGCAUGGCGUUGCGCUAUACUAGAAAGAACUGCAUGCUCACACACCCACACACAUUCUGUGUAGGACAAUACUUGUCUGCAGCUG